AUGGUUUUUCAAGAGCCAGCCACCCAGAGCCAGCCACCUAGAGCCAGCCACCAAGAGCCAGCCACCCAGAGCCAGCCACUCAGAGCCAGCCACCCAGAGCCAGCCACCCAGAGCCAGCCACUCAGAGCCAGCCACUCAGAGCCAGCCACCCAGAGCCAGAGCCAGCCACCCAGAGCCAGCCACCCAGAGCCAGCCACCCAGAGCCAGCCACUCAGAGCCAGCCACCCAGAGCCAGCCACCCAGAGCCAGCCACCCAGAGCCAGCCACCCAGAGCCAGCCACCAAGAGCAGCCACCCAGAGCCAGCCACUCAGAGCCAGCCACCCAGAGCCAGCCACCCAGAGCCAGCCACCCAGAGCCAGCCACGCAGAGCCAGCCACCCAGAGCCAGCCACCCAGAGCCAGCCACGCAGAGCCAGCCUCCCAGAGCCAGCCACCCAGAGCCAGCCACCCAGAGCCAGCCACCCAGUGCCAGCCACCCAGAGCCGGCCACCCAGAGCCAGCUACUCAGAGCCAGCUACUCAGAGCCAGCCACCCAGAGCCAGCCACCCAGAGCCAGCCACCCAGAGCCAGCUACUCAGAGCCAGCCACUCAGAGCCAGCCACCCAGAGCUACCCAGAGCCAGCCACCCAGAGCCAGCCACCCAGAGCCAGCCACCCAGAGCUACCCAGAGCCAGCCACCCAGAGCCAGCUACCCAGAGCCAGCCACUCAGAGCCAGCCACCCAGAGCCAGCCACCCAGAGCCAGCCACGCAGAGCCAGCCUCCCAGAGCCAGCCACCCAGAGCCAGCCACCCAGAGCCAGCCACCCAGAGCCAGCCACCCAGAGCCAGCUACUCAGAGCCAGCUACUCAGAGCCAGCCACCCAGAGCCAGCCACCCAGAGCCAGCCACCCAGAGCCAGCUACUCAGAGCCAGCCACCCAGAGCCAGCCACUCAGAGCCAGCCACCCAGAGCCAGCCACCCAGAGCCAGCCACCCAGAGCCAGCCACCCAGAGCCAGCCACUCAGAGCCAGCCACUCAGAGCCAGCCACUCAGAGCCAAGCCACUCAGAGCCAGCCACCCAGAGCCAGCCACUCAGAGCCAGCCACUCAGAGCCAGCCACCCAGAGCUACCCAGAGCCAGCCACCCAGAGCCAGCCACCCAGAGCCAGCCACCCAGAGCCAGCCACCCAGAGCCAGCCACCCAGAGCCAGCCACCCAGAGCUACCCAGAGCCACCCAGCCCAUCUGCCCGCUGA